CCUCAUAUGGUGCUCUGCUCGGUAAGCCUCUUAGGAAUCACGACCACAGCAGAUGUAGAGAGAAUGCCAAUCAGGAGCUCCUGCUGAGCGGAGAAACCCGACGGCUGUGCCACUGCGCGCUUCAAAUCUCUGCCACGGUUCACACGAAACACAGCGAAAUAUCUUUUGGCGCUUCAUGUUUGCAGUUUCAAAACUAAAACAGCACAAACACGUGAGCUGUCAAGAAGAUGGAGCGCGCUGGGAGUCUCCAACCACUCUAAACCGCCAGACAACAACAAAACAAAUCCUUCCUUAUCCGAAGGCAGAGCCAUGCUUCCUCAGGAUGUCGGGAAACAGAAGCCACGCCGUGUGUCAGAGCCGGUGUGCGGGGUAGACAGUCCCCCGGCCCCAGUUCGGCGCCUGAAGAACCGGGAUUUCCCCCUGAGCGUGAAGCGCCGUCGGUCCGGCUCCGCACCUGAGCGCAAGGUAAACUGCGUCCUGGUUGGAGACGGAGCGGUAGGCAAGACCAGCCUCAUCGUCAGCUACACCACCAACGGAUACCCGACAGAAUAUGUUCCAACAGCGUUUGACAACUUUACCGUGAUGGUUGUGGUUGACGGGAAACCAGUGAGACUGCAGCUUUGUGACAUGGCUGGACAGAAAUGGGGGCUGGUUGACGGAUCAAUCAAUGACGAGCUGGAGCGCCUCCGCCCUCUGUGCUACAAGAACGCCGAUGUCUUCCUCCUCUGCUACAGCAUUGUGCGUCCCUGCUCUUUCCGCAACCUGAUCGACAAGUGGGUUCCGGAGAUCCGUCAGCACUGUCCCGACACACCCCUUGUUCUUGUUGGCACCCAGCUGGACCUGAGGGAGGACGUCCAGGUGCUGAUUCACCUGGCACAGAACCACGAGCAGCCGGUGUGCACCGAGGAGGGCCAGCAGCUCGCUCAGGAGCUUGGGGUGGUGAGCUUUGCCGAGUGCUCGGCACUGACCCAGAAGAACCUGAAGGAUGCUUUUGAUUCAGCUAUCUUGGCCAGCAUCCAGCAGACAGACAGUUGUAGCGUCCAGCAGCAGAGGCUGACUCUGAGGAGGAAGACCCCUGAUACUAUCAAGAGCCUCUCGGAGACCUGGUGGAGGAAGAUCAACUGUCUGAUGGGAGAGCAGAGCUGUGACUUCAAGUGAACAGCUGCAUAGUUACAAACCUGGGUCAGAUCAUGUUUGCAGAUACUUGUUAGAUCUGGUUUGUUUCAGCCUGCUGGCAGAAGGUGCCAGAUGGGUGGGGAUUAUCACCACUAGGUGACUCACAAGGUGCCAGUUCAAAUCCUCACGCUGGCAGGGAAAGGACUGAUGGAGGAGAACUACAAAGCCUGUGCAAACAGCUGUAAAAUGUCUUCUGAGGCUUCAUAGAAGCUUUUGAAAGACUAACAGCUGCUCACUUGUGCAAGACUUUAAAUGCACAGCAGAAAGUCUUGGUUACAAACUAGGAGUAUAGAGCAGGGAGGCAGGGAGGGUCUGAGGAGAGAUACUACUGCGCUGCAUUUUAGGUGUAGCAUCCAGAGGUUUUUUAGCCUAACUGAUGAGAAAAAAGUCAGGAUGUCUCACCCUCUAUGGCUUUGAUAUUUAGUAUGCUCUGUUUCUAUAACAAGUCCUUGAACUUUAAAGUCCAGUGUAGGAUUUAGGGGGAUAUAUUGGCAGAAAUAGAAUUUAAUAUAACAAGUAUGUUUUCUUUAGUGUUUAAUCACCUGAAAAUAAGAAUUGUUGUGUUUUCAUCAUUAGAAUGAGCUGUAGCCUCAUCUACAGAGAUUGCAAUGUUGCAUCACAAUGUUUCUACAGUAGCUCAGUAUGGACAAACCAAACACUGGCUCCAAAUAGGGCCAUUCACAUUUUAGCAUCUAUGACUAGAGUGUCGGGAAACAACAGUUCUUUUAAAUGUAACACUGGUGGUGGUGCAGUGGUUAGCAUUGUCGCCUCACAGCAAGAGGGUCCCUGGUUCAAACCUGGGGCAGGGGAGGCCUUCUAUGCAGAGACUCCAUGUUCUCCUCGGGUUAGCGUGGGUUUCCUCCAGGUGCUCCUGCUUCCUCCCGCAGUCCAAAGACAUGCAGGUUAAUUGGUGACUCUAAAUUGUCCGUAGGUGUGAAUGGUUGUCUGUCUCUAUGUGUCAGCCCU